CGUCUGUUCCUAUUAGUCGGACUUGAUAAAUCAGUGAAUGACUUAAUGGAUACAAGUUGGAUUUUAUUAAUCCCUUGCAUUAAGUUUAGACAUUGAGACAAAGGGAUACAGUUACACGGAGUCUGAGUCGUGGAAAGGGUUAUUGAUUUGUUAAAAAUAGUCGGAGAUAAUUAAUUAAAGGCCUAAUUAAUUAUUAAACAUGAUAGAUAACCUAGUUUGCAAAAUUUUCUGUAGAUGGCAAACAACAACAACCCUUUCAACCUGCGUUACAUCCUGGAAAACAACAAGUUAUCCGGGACCAACUUUCUUGACUGGGAGAUGAACCUCCGAAUCGUUCUUAACUGUGAGAGGAAACUCUACAUCCUCGAAACGGAUCCUCCCAAGACCCCUGAUGCUAAUGCUCGUGCGUCCGAACUCACUUCCUUCAAGAAGUAUGAGGACAACGCGCGAGAUGUAAAGUGUAUCAUUAUGGCCAGUAUGACCGCGGAGCUCCAAAGGCUCCACGCGGACAUGGAAGUGCGUCCUAUGAUACAAUGCUUAAGAGACCUUUACCAGGGUCAACCCCAAAACUCAGGAUAUUUGUUUUGCCUGAAUGGCGGAGCUUUUAGCUGGAAGAGCUUCAAGGAGGAUACAACCGCCGAUUCGACUACAGAGGCUGAGUACAUAGCUGCCGCCGAGGCAGCUAAAGAAGCUGUUUGGAUCAAGAAGUUCAUUACUGAACUUGGAGUGGUUCCUAGUAUUAAUGACCCUAUCUCGUUGUUUUGCAACAACACUGGGGCCAUUGCACAGGCAAAGGAACCGCGAUCUCACCAGAAAACCAAACAUAUUGUACGACGCUAUCACAUCAUACGAGAAAUCAUAGACAGAGGAGAUGUGAUGAUUUGCAAAGUAGAUACUGACGACAACAUAGCCGAUCCCUUGACUAAGCCUUUAGGAAAGCUAAAGCAUGAGAGUCACACUAGGUCCAUGGGCAUUCGACCGAUGCCAGAUUAGCCAUAGUGCAAGUGGGAGAUUGUUGGAGUUGUGCCCUCAUGGCCAACUGUUUAUCAUUAUUCUAUUAUGUAUAGGUAGAUAUAAUAUGUUUACACAUCUCAUGCCGAUGUUUAUCAGAUAGUGUUAUUCUGCCGAUGAGACUAACAUCUUGAAAUAAAUAUUUAUCUAAAUG